AUGACCGGAACUGGGUCUGGUGUGCGGUUGUCUUCUGAGUCGGACUCGGUGUCUAAACGCAGCAAAUCCUAUGGAAUGCAAAUGACCACUGACCACCUUCAUCACAGAAACAACAACAAAGUUGAUCCACUACCGUGGAAGUGGAGGUUUCAAAUUUGCACAGGUGUGGCACAUGAAUUGCACUAUCUACACACUGGAGGCAAGCAUUCUGUCAUACACAACUUUUUCAAAACACAUUACAUUCUUUUGGACCAGAACUGUGACCCUAAAAUUUCUGGUUUAUUGUUGCCCAGAAGGGGACCUAUUGAUGUUGCAAGGUCAUCUCUGCUUGUGAGAAAUCAUGAUACUUUCACAUAUUGUGAUCCUGAGUAUGCAGCAUCUGGCAUUUUGACUGUGAAAUCAAAUGUGUUUUAA